GCGAAGGAUUCGGUGUUAUGCCUCUGGGCGAUAGAUUCGGUGUUAAAGUCGUCUGCGAAGGACUCAAUGAUUACCAAGGCCUCGAGUAGGGUGCAAGGUGGUGACAUCAGCAUUCGAUGCUGCCCACCAAAGUAAGACAGGUCAUGGAGCUCCGAUUUGAUAUAAUAGAGGGCUUCCCUUGCUCCAAAAGAUUUGAAUGACAACCAGACAAUAAUUAAACCACAACGAAACUGAUACGUCACAGCCAGAAGCUACACCAUGUCUCCGUUCAGUUUUCACACCAUCGGCGAGGAGGUCGCAAUCGCAUUAGCGGACCGCGUCAAGGGCCGCACCUUCGUCAUUACGGGAGCCAGCGAGAAGAGUCUCGCCGCUUCGGCAGCCAUUGAGCUCGCGAAGCAGUCUCCGGAGCACAUCGUGUUCGUUGCGCGCAGCAAGGCCAAGAUCGAUCCCGUGACCAGCGAAAUCCAGUCCAUCGCCUCAAGCGUCAAAACGACCUUCGUCCAGUGCGACCUUACAGACCAGGAGUCGAUAAGAAAUGCCGCCGAAGAGAUCAACUCGAAUGGCCACAUCGAGAAGAUCGAUGCCCUCAUCAACAGCGCCGGGAUCAUGAACAUCAAGGACUACACCGUCGACAACAAGGGGAACGAGCUAACCUUCUCGGCCAACCACAUCGGCCACUUCCUCCUCACCAACCUCCUCAUCCCCAAGAUCCUCGCCGCCGGAAAGGGCGCGCGCAUCGUCAACCUGACCUCGCGCGGCCACCGCAUCAGCAACGUGCGCUUCGACGACCCGGACUUCUCGGGCGGCGCCGCGUACGACGGCUGGUCGGCUUACGGGCAGUCCAAGACGGCCAACGUGCUCUUCUCGGUCGAGCUGGACCGGCGCCUGGCGGGCCGCGGGGUCCGGUCCUACGCCGUCCACCCGGGCAGCAUCUGGGGCACCGGCCUGGCGACCCACCUGGACAUGUCCGACUUUGGGGACAUCGACCACGUCGCGCGCCGGAACACGGGGAGGCCGUUCACCCUCGAGGAGAUGAAGACGAUACCGGAGGGGACAUCGGCGAUGCUGGUGGCGGCGCUGGACCCGGACCUGGAGAGUCGGGAUGGGGUCUUUGUUGAGGAUUGUCAACAUGGUGAGCCGUAUGAUUACGCGCUGGAUCCGGAGGGUGCGAGGAGGUUGUGGAAACUGUCCGAGGCGUUGGUUGGGCAGGAGUUUGACCCUUGAUGAUCGAACACUAGAAUUUGAUGGCCUUUGAGUUGGUCGCUGCUGUUAUUAGCCAGAGUUUUUUAUAUCGACACUGGACUGGGCUAGCGAAACUAGAACUUUCUUUAUGAGAGCUAUUGCUGAGCCGGAGUGCAAAUCGCUCAAAUAUGCCGGCUGCGCCAUGCU